CUUGGGUCCAGCAGCAGCACUGAUCAUCGAGCGCGCGCCCCCAGCGGUCCCAAAAUCUUCAAAUCGUCUGCGCGGGAGGAGAGGAAAACAUCUCCCCGCCAAAAUCCACACCAGCCGAGCCCGUUCGGGUUCCGCUGCGCACCCCGCAUAAUAAAGGGGCAGAACGGGGGAGAAAUAUCCCACAUUCCAACCGCAGAAGGAGGGUCCAGCCUAGGGUUCAGGGGGCAAUCCGGCCGGAUAGAGGAGGGGGUUCUGCUGCUUCCGGUGGCCUCGCUCGCGGCGGCGAUCCCGCCGCCCUUGCCAGGAGCCGGUACGCCUUCCUCUGCGAGGUAUGUCGAUGCCAGAAGAGUUUGUGAUAUUUCCUGCUGAAGGGAAGAUUUCCAAUGGGCCUGAGGGGGCACUAGUGAGUCCCGAUUGCCCGUUUCUGGUCGCACGGCUGCCACAGCCACUGAACAAGUCGUUCGAGCAAGUGCGACGCUGGAUAAUGCAGCUCUUCCAGUUGAAUGGCGCGACACAUGAGCUCACUCUGCAGCACAUUCUGUAUGUCAGGAACAAUCCCAUGGCUCCUCCUUCCACCAUGCUGAUUGACAUAAUUGGGGACGAUUCCUGGAGGGCGUUCCUGAACGUGGCAUGGCGCCAUGUUGGAGUUUUCAGGCUGUUUGUCAAGUGGAGUGCCAAGAAGACAACCUCUGUUUCUAAGGCAGUCGUCACCAAUGGCACUCCGGUUGCUGAUGAAGAUCCUGCAGUGACAGAUGAAUCUGAUGAUGAUGGCAGCUGGCCAACUUGCAACCAUGAUAAACCUUGCACCAUUGAAACUUCAUGGGACCGUCAAGACCCAGGGAGAAGGUUCUACCGCUGCCCUCUCUUCGCGGAUUCAAAACAGGACUGUGGGUUCACCCAAUGGCUGGACAGGAAGUUCCCUGAGAAGGCGACUGUACACAUGAACUACCUCACCGACAAGGUUGAUCCACUCGAGCAGCAGGUUGACAACCUGAAGUGCGAGCUUGAGGAACUUCGUCAUCGUCGCCAGAAAAGGUCGGUUGCAGAAGCUGUUGUCAGUCAUGGAGACAAGUGCCUAUGUGGAAAGAUCCCUUGCGACGCAGCUUGUUGCAAUCAGGAUGAAAAGCCGCGCCCAAGCCAGAUUCGUAGAUUGGCUAAGGCCAAUUAGCCCUCGAUAUGCUGAGUGGUUCGUGGUCCAGGCUAGUUUCAUUCUGCGAUGAAGAUAUUUUGUCCAUUUUCUUGUUCAGUCAUCAGCAACCAUCAUGACCUGCAAAUGUGAUCAGUGAUCUAGCCAUCUUAGGUAGUUUUAUCUGCUAGCUAUUGUGGAACUCCUUUGUUGCUGAAUCCAGAUGAGAAUAUGAUUACCCUGAAACUAUGGUUUAUGUAACAUGCAUUGCUUAAUUAGUUUGACUAAGGAAUUUUGCAUGAGCAUGCCUUUUUUUUCCUUUUUGUUGCACAACAUCUGUACAUUUAUCUGACUGUCACAUCAAAUUCAGACAUUCUGAAAAUGGCAUGUAUCUCAUAGGAUAGGAUUAUCAUAGAAAUAGGAAACUUGUAGGAAAUGAGAUGACAUGCAUCUCAAAUCCUAUGAGUAAGAAUAGGCAAAGAUAUGUCAUUUGGUUCACAUCAUUGGAAUUUUUUACUGAGUGUAGGCCUAUGUAGGAAUAGGAAUCCAUUCCUAUGAACCAAAGGGCUCUAAAGGAAAAAUUCCAACAAAAAUCCUAUCUAUAGAAUUCCGAUGAAAUUCCUCCAAACCAAAGGAGUCCAACCUUUCCAGCCAGACACAAAGAUGAUUAUGCUUUUUCAAUGAAAUCAAAGGUGACAACUUAGAAAGCUGCAAAUACUUUUGAAUCCAUGAGUUGCCAGUUAGAGAUUUUCCUAGAUAACUAUCACAAUAUAUGAUUUAUCAGGGAAAGGAAGCAUCUGAAUCUUACAAAUUACAAAACAAAAGGCGAACAUUUCUAGCAUGAACACCGCCUGAAAGAUGCGGGGCGCGAAACAAAAUCUGAAGCUAUUCCCUAUUUAUAUUCUACGAUC